AUAAUGUUGCUACCCGUAAUGUUCUUAUAUCUCAUCACUAUGUCAUUAUCGGCCGUCACAGAAAAAACAAAGUAUACUACGAAAUAUGACAAUAUCAAUGUAGAAGAUAUCGUCAAGAAUGACCGCCUAUUGAAAAAUUAUGUAGAUUGUCUUCUAGAGAGGGGCAAAUGUACUCCUGAUGGAGUGGAACUCAAAAAAAAUAUGCCUGAUGCUAUCGAAACAGACUGCAGCAAGUGUAGCGACAAACAGAAGGAGGGGUCUGAAAUCAUGAUAAGAUAUCUUAUAGACAACAAACCGGAAUACUGGGACCCUUUACAGGAAAAGUACGAUCCUUCCGGAAGCUAUAAAAAAAGAUAUUUGGAAGCUAAGAAGACCGAAGUUAAUAUCGAACCUAUUGUCAAGUCUUGAAUCGAAUGAUAAUCGGAAGUGUUUUGAAUGCAUGCUGAGUAUUAGAAUUGAUUAGUGUGAUAGUUUGAUGAUCCAAAUAAGUUUAAUUUAAUUGACUAUUGUAUUAUACUUAUUCGUGAAACUAGGUACGCUGCUUCUAUUCCUUAUAAUAA